AUGACCCUCACAGUGCUCGCCGGCUCAGCCAGGUGGGCGGUUGAGCAGGAAGAUGAUGGCGUCCUCAACUCCCUGUCGGGGAUGGAGCGGGUCCAGAUCUCCUUCGGCUUGCUGCUGAUCUUCAGUGACCAGCCUUCUUCUGCUGCUGCUGCUGCUGCUGCGAGGUCCGGGUGCAUCAGCGAGGACAAGUUGAAUAAUCGUACUGACAAGUUUCGGAGGAAACACUGGGACAAUCUGGCUAUUUCUAAAAACCCGGUUUUGGAGCCGGACGCGCUGGACUGCGCGCAGUUUGCCAAACAAACACACCGCGGCGAAAUGAAUAAACGCUCCCUGUCCCCGUGGACGUACAGGUACGUAACACAGCGUGCAGCUACGGAGACCGCAAGGGGACAAAAGCGCUCAGAAAAUCACGGUGCUGUCCCUAGAGCUAUCAAACCCGGACUACAUUAUUCCAGAGAGGCUAAAACAGUGUUUCAGAUUUCUGAAAGCUUUUAUUCUAUUUGUGAAAAUGCUAAAAGGAAGAUUCGUAUGUUGUUUUGUUACAUGCAGACCACAUUAGACCAGGGUGAGUUGUGGGCGUGGCGCCCGUUGCUGAUGUCUGUUCUGUCUGUUUCUUUUAGCCUAGACCAAGACCUGGACAGGAUCCCACAUGAGAUCGUCGUUGCAAAAUGCCUUUGCCGAGGCUGCAUCAUCAACCAUCGUGAAGAUAAUGACUACAACUCUGUGCCUGUGUAUGCUUCGGUGAAGGUCCUGAAGAAGAUUCAGUGCUCAGGUGAACCAAAAAAAUAUGCGGUGAAACAUUAUUAUAUGAAAGUCGCUGUGGCCUGCAUCUGUGUUGUGCCCAAGUACCAUAAAUGACCGCAACAUCAUCACAUGCUCACAUCGGUGCUGAGCUUUAUUUUUUUCUCUUUAUUUAUCAAGUUAACCGUAACAAAAAAAUCUAUUUAGGGAUAAAUAUUAUUUCUGUGAUCCAUUACGCUGACUAGCGUGACUCCUGGGCAAGCAAUGUCAGUCAGUCCACCACUUUGAUCCCCAGAGGAUGAAUCCUACUGAUUUUAGUGAUCCAUUGGCUUUUACACCAGCAGGUUGACAUUUUUGCUUUUCAGUAACAUUUCUAAACAACUGCUGGAUGUAUUGCCAUGGAAUUUGGUUCAAACAUUUAUAUUCCCCUCAGGGUGAAUUGCAAUUACUUUGGUUAUCUGCAGACUUUUCAUCUAGCACCAUCAUCAGGUCAAAAUUUUAAUUUGUCCUUUGGUUUAUGAUCAAAUUCCUGAUCAUCCUCAGCUAUACUUUGUGUUUAGUGCUAAUUCACAUGUGUCAGCAUGCUAACAGGCUAAACUAAAAUUGUAAACUAGGCAAACUUUAUUAAGAGCCUCCCUCCCCUUCCGGGGGAAAAUAUAUUUAUGGUAGUCAACGGUGAGAAACCACAAAUUUUUUGAUCCUAUUUGAAAUGUACCCUGAAUUACACAUUUCACAAGCAAGGACCACGAUCAACAGGUAUGAUUAAAUGAUUUAUUGAGUAACAAACAGAAGAUGUAUGAAGCUUGCAGUAGCU